AUGACCCCAUUAGUAGUGAGAGUGAGCAAGGAGUUUGAGAUUGGAGUGAACCUUGUUCAAGAGGAGGGAAAUGGCUCUCCAAAUGAAGAAGGAAGUGAUGAGACUGAGAGUGAAGAGGAAGGAGAAGAGGUGAAUCAAUUGGUUGAUGAAAACAUGCACUUGGCCAAGUUCUUCUCUCACAUGGAGUCCUACAAGGAGCUCACUUGUGAGUUUUUGGCUUCAAUGAGGUACCACAUGUAUGAAGCUCGAUCGAGCUGA